AUGACGGACCAGCAGCCAGGUGAACCAGUUGCAGACAAUUCCAGUGGAUCGAACGUUACAUCUCCUCGAUCCAGCACGGAUUCUCGCUCUCCAUCUACACGCAGUCAGUCGCUACGGCUGUCGCACGUCUCUCCCAACCAUCAGCACCGUCACAGCCUCAGUGAAAGUCUGCGCGGGGCUCCAAAUUCCCCACGUAGCCGUCGACAGCCGUCACUCACACAGGCUGCAAUCCAGAGUCUGAUCGACAACCCACCAGCUCCCAACCAUGUAAACCCUGCCUUUGUAGGUCGCGACUGGAGGGAAAUUUCAAUCGGAGAGCUGGUUAGCCCGAACGAUUUGAGGUUUGUGGAGAUUGAUACAGGCAUUGAGGAUGCGACUAAUGUCCUGAUUGAUUCCGAUGCUCCUGUACUUCUGAUUCGCGAGACUCCUGAACACAAGACUGCUGUCGGCACUUUCGAUUAUUCGGAUCUAAAUGCGUACCUUCUCCUCGCGGCGGGUCUGACACAGCCCGACGAGAAUACCCGUGCUUCUUAUGACCAACUGGCCCGAAAGGCCAAGGAAGGAAUCAAGAUACCAUUGAAAGAUGUAAAGGACCUCGGCAGGAAAGAACCUUUGACGACGCUUCCGGCGUCGGCCAGCGUGAUGGCAGCUGUAGAGACGUUCGGAGGAGGCGUUCAUCGGGUGGUUGUGGUCGACGAGCGUAAACAAAAUGAGGUAGUGGGCAUCUUCAGCCAAUUCCGACUGGUCAAAUUUCUAUGGGAAAAUGGGCGCAGCUUCCCUGUGAUUGAUCAGCUGUAUCCGCAGGCGCUGCGGGAUUUGAGGAUAGGAUCUCGGGAUGUGAUCUGCAUCAACGGGGACAAGCCUCUAUCGGAGGCACUGCAUCUCAUGAACAACGAGGGCAUCACGUCGGUCGCUGUGGUAGAUAACCAUACCAACGUGGUGGGCAAUAUAUCCCUCACGGACGUUAAGCUCCUAACGCGCUCAUCCUCGCUUCCACUCCUCCACAAUACAUGUACUCAUUUCAUCUCCGUGAUUCUUUCCACACGGGGUCUGGUGGAUGGCAAGGAUUCAUUCCCAGUGUUUCAUGUGAAUCCCGGAUCGACGUUGGCUCACACCGUUGCCAAGGUAGUAGCCACUAGAUCCCAUCGCCUAUGGAUCACCGAUCCGUUGUCUCCUUCCUCGUCGGGACCGCCGACUCCAUCCCACUCGGCCGUGCAUCUCCCUCUGCCCACUAACUCAGGGAACACGCAUUCACCUCCUUCACCUACUCCAGGGAGCGCCAAUGUACAGCCGCCGCUUACACACGCAGCGCCCGCGGGGCUGUCGCACGCCGUCGCGCCGUCCAUCCCAGCUUCCGCUCUUCCGGGGGCACGGCUUUCCGGACGCUUGGUGGGGGUGGUUAGCCUCACGGAUAUAUUGAAUCUGCACGCGCGGGCCAGCGGGCUCAGCCCGGCUGACCCCGCGGAAAGCCGUAGCCGCCGGCGACGCAGCAGCAGUUCGAGCCUCAGCGUGCGACGCAGUGGGGAGAUAGGGCGGGAGUUGUUCAGUCGGUAG